GGUCGCUCUCCUCGGUGCUGAAAUAAUGUAAACGGCGAUGAGGCCAAACGGAGAGCCGGCCUGGAGAAAACAGCGAAAAUGGACGAUGAUCUGUUCCAACUGAGACAGCUGCCUGUGGUCCGCUUCCGUCGCACAGGUGAGAGCACACGCUCAGAGGAGGAUGCUGAGAAUAGAGAGCAGGACGUCAGGGUUGCAGAGCAGACUGACUUGGAGUCUGUGGCCCUUGCAGAGGCAGCUCCUGUACCUCGAGAGUUUGCCAAUCCCACCGACGGUACAGUAUUACAGGACUUCAUCUCCCUCAAAUUAGUUUUUAAAAUGAUUAGUCUUUAUUUGGAUUGGUACGGACAUCCUAUAAUUCAUAUCUUUUGCUUUCCUUCAGACACUUUCAUGGUAGAAGAUGCCGUAGAAGCCAUAGGCUUCGGGACAUUUCAGUGGAAACUGUCCAUCCUCACUGGUCUAUCAUGGAUGGCCGACGCGAUGGAAAUGAUGAUCCUCAGCAUCUUAGCGCCACAGCUUCACUGUGAGUGGAGGUUACCGAGCCUUGAGGUGGCACUGCUCACAUCGGCCGUCUUCAUUGGGAUGAUGAUCAGCUCUUCCCUUUGGGGAAACAUAUCUGACAAAUAUGGAAGAAAGACCGGCCUGAAGAUGAGUGUGUUGUGGACGAUGUUCUACGGCCUAUUGAGUGCAUUUGCACCGAUUUAUGGGUGGAUCCUUUUCCUCCGCGCUCUGGUGGGUUUUGGCAUUGGAGGAGCACCACAGUCGGUGACACUGUAUGCAGAAUUUCUGCCAAUGAAGUCUCGAGCCACGUGCAUCCUGCUGAUUGAGAUUUUUUGGGCUCUGGGUACCGUCUUCGAGGUUCUCUUAGCCAUCAUGGUGAUGCCCACUCUGGGCUGGCGCUGGCUGCUCGGCCUUUCCACCAUUCCUCUUUUCAUAUUUGCGAUCCUGUGCUUUUGGCUGCCGGAGAGCGCUCGAUAUGAUGUGCUGACAGGAAAUCAGGAGAAGGCUCUGGCCACGCUGAAGCGUAUCGCCACAGAGAACGGCGCUCCGAUGCCUCUGGGAAAACUAAUCGCUGCCAGACAGGAGGAUCGUGGGAAGAUUGGAGACCUGUUUUCAUCACAUUUUCGCUGUACAACAGUUUUGCUGUGGUUCAUUUGGUUUGCAAAUGCCUUUGCAUACUAUGGACUGGUGCUGCUCACCACAGAGUUAUUCCAGGAAGGAGGUGCUUGUGGAAUGAUCAAAGGUAAUAAGAAGGAGCUCCGAUGCAGCUUAGAGUGUAAAUACCUGAAUUCUGAUGACUAUAAAGACCUGUUGUGGACGACGCUAUCUGAAUUCCCAGGACUGCUGGUGACACUGUGGGCCAUUGAUCGGUUGGGAAGGAGGAAGACCAUGGCUUUGUGUUUCCUUGUCUUUUCUCUGUGCAUCAUUCCCCUCUACGGCUGUGUCGGGAGAGCUUCCAUGACAGUGCUGAUAUUCAUCGCCAGAGCCUUUAUUGCAGGAGGGUUCCAGGCUGCCUACGUAUACACUCCAGAGGUUUACCCAACAGCAACCAGAGCUUUAGGUUUGGGAACGAGCAGUGGAAUGGCCAGAGUGGGAGCUCUCAUCACGCCGUUCGUUGCUCAGGUGAUGUUGGAGUACUCGGUGUACCUGGCUCUGUCAGUGUACUGCUGCUGCUGCCUGUUCGCCGCCAUCGCCUCCUGCGCGCUGCCGAUCGAGACCACCGGCCGGGGCCUGCAGGAGUCCAGCCACCGGGAGUGGGGGCAGGAGAUGAAGGGCCGCGCCUCCCCCCACAGCACAGGAGAACCCCCCGACUCCAACUCUGGCUCCCAAGGCUGAAGGAGGCUCGGCCGCAGCACAAACCCGGCAGGUGACCGCAGUGAAGAAAACUGGCAAGGGGUGCUCAGAAGGCCAGGCCAGCCGUCCCCCGCCCAUCGCCGACCCCCUCCUGUGAUUCUUCAGUGUAGACACCACAGUGGCUUCAGAGAGCCAGGCAGCACAAUAUUUUUUACAUGUCACUGUACUUAUAGUCUUAAAACACCAUCGCUGUCACAAGUUUGCCUCUGUACAAGUUCACACAGGGUGACUGGAAAGACCAAAAAAACCCGGCAUGAGCGCGAGACAAGAUUUCCUGAAGAA